UCUGAUGAGACUCGACCGACAUGUCUCACUCUUGCUGGCUCUAGCGGCGGCGCUCGCGGCUGCCGACUCGACCGCGCCCACGCUGCGCGGCGCACGUGUGCGGGACCGCGUCUGGGUGCGCCGUCCGGGCGGCGGCCGCCACAUCGAGCUCGUCCCGUCGCUCGAGGAGCUCUGCGAGCGCGAGCAGCUCGAUCUCGGCGCGAUGCGCGAGGUGGCGGCGGGCAGCAUGGAGGAGCACGAAGGAUGGAGCUGCGGCACUGCCAGCGAGUGCGAGAGCGAGGCGGCGGAGGCCGCCUCCGGAGCAGCGGUCGCCGAUGGCGAGCUGACACCACCGUCACCGCCGGCUGGCCGCGCGGCGUCAUCGCGGCGGAAGCCCAAGGCCGCCGCGUCUGAGCGGACCGCUGUGCUGAGCAAGGCUCGCGGCAAAACAGCGGCUCCGGCGGAGGCGGCCGAGGCGGCGGCAGCGGGUGCAGCCGUCCCGGCCGGCGGCGGCGGCGGCACGAUGUCGAAGAUGCUCGUGCAGCUCGUCGCCUCCACCACCGCCUCAAAGGCUGUCAAGCGGCUCGACAAGGCGGCGCCAGACUUUGUGCAAAAGGUGCGGAUGGCGUUCUACGUCCUCGCAGGCGUCCGCCUGCUGCUCGAGGCCCUCGUGAGCUGGAGGAUCGACGCGGCUGCGGACGACACACUCCUCGAGAACCCGCCCGCCGCAGACCCGAUGGCGGCCAUGCUCGCUGCGGUGGGGCUUGGCGGCGGCGGCGGCGGCGACCAGACUGUCGUCGAGUACGACCGUUCGCAGCUGAACCGCGCGGCGAACAGCUAUAAGGCGAACGCCAUCCUGAUGUUUGUCUUGCACGCGCUGCUCGGCUGGCACUCGACCCUCAUCUACUCGGCCACCUCCUCCGUCGUCGACUUCCUCUACCACCCGCUCUUCGCCAUCCACGUGCUCGGCCGCUCUCCCAUCGGCCACCUCGCGCGCCCCUUCAAGGCCCCGGGUGGUUUGCCCUUCAAGCCGCCGGAGAUGCCCGCGCCGGCGGAGGCGGCCGAGGAGGCGGGGGCCGAGGCGGCGGCGGCGGAUGAGGCGCAAGCGGAUGAGGCGGACGGGUCUUGAGAGAGUGUUGAGAGGAGACCGCGCCGUAGCCUGCCCCUGGGGUUUGCGCAGCAUACGUGCAUAUAAAAAUG